CUUCUGUGCCAAUCCAUUCGGUUCGUGUAAGUGCUGUCGGACGGUGUGAUUUGCUAGUUACCCAAUUUCAAUUUCGUUUGGGGAAUAUGGAACGUUGGGAGGGUAAAGUGGCAGUAGUCACGGGUUGUACGAGUGGAAUUGGAUCGGCCAUUUGUGCCGAAUUGUGUCGUUCCGGUAUGAUUGUGUGUGGACUAGCUAGACGUAAAGAUAAAGUGGAACAAUUGCGGGCUAGCUUGUUCGGUGCUAAAGGCCAAUUGAAUGCGGUUGAAUGUGACAUAACCAAUGAACAGUCAGUGAAACAGGCGUACGGUUGGAUAGAAAAGACACUGGGCGGAAUCGAUUUACUUGUGAACAAUGCUGGAGUUGUGAGCAAAUUUAUGCUUCUUGACGACAACAAUACCAAAGAUUUGAAGGCGAUGCUGGAUGCGAACAUUUUGGCGCUAUGCAUUUGUACUAGAGAAGCCAUAAAAUCGAUGAAAAGCCGAGAGGUAGACGGCCAUGUCAUAAAUAUCAACAGCAUUUUCGGACACAAGGUCAACACCUGUGUUCCGGGCACCAAACCUGUGAAUGGAAUGUAUCCAGCCUGUAAAUACGCGCUUACAGCCAUAACGGAGUGUUUGCGACAAGAAGUUAUGUACCGGGAAAUGUCCACCAAAGUCACGAAUAUUAGUCCGGGCCUAGUGGAAAACGAUAUUCUUACAACGGCCGGUAUAGACAGCAAUGAACUAGUGAAAUAUAUGCCCCGUUUAAGGCCGGAAAGUGUGGCUAAAGCAGUCGUUUUUGCGAUUACAGUUGACGACGAUGUCCUGGUCCAAGACAUUAUAUUGAAACCGAUGGGAGAGUUCUUAUAGAGAUCACCAUUAAUGUUCAAUCAACUAGCAUCGGUUUACCAGCAGUCUUGUGAGUGAUGCUAAGAAUAGUGUGAGUGCGAAAAUUAAAGUAAUAAAAUGAACAUCGAACGCAAGCUAGUUUCUCU